AGGCGGGCCGGCCCUCAGCGGCAGCAGUACACACAGAGGAGCGGCGGAGUGCGGAGUGACGGGGCGUUAUUUUUUACAUGAUUAAAACACUAAACGGGGACGAAUACACGCACGGAUCUAUAGAAACAUAUCUUAAAUACCCAGUCCGUCAUGGAGUCCUAUGACAUUUUAGCUAACCAGCCGGUUGUGAUUGAUAAUGGUUCGGGGGUUAUCAAGGCUGGUUUUGCAGGUGACCAGAUCCCCAAAUACUGCUUCCCGAACUAUGUGGGGCGUCCAAAGCAUGUGCGCGUGAUGGCAGGAGCCCUGGAGGGAGACCUCUUCAUUGGACCCAAAGCAGAGGAGCACAGGGGCCUGUUGUCGGUUCGGUAUCCGAUGGAGCACGGGAUCGUGAAGGACUGGAACGACAUGGAGAGGAUCUGGCAGUACGUUUACUCCAAGGAGCAGCUGCAGACUUUCUCCGAGGAGCAUCCUGUCCUGUUGACUGAGGCUCCUCUCAACCCCAGCAAGAACAGGGAGAAGGCUGCAGAGGUUUUCUUUGAGACCUUCAACGUCCCGGCUCUCUUCAUCUCCAUGCAGGCUGUGCUCAGCUUGUACGCCACAGGCCGCACCACCGGUGUUGUGCUGGAUUCAGGGGACGGUGUGACCCACGUCGUGCCCAUCUACGAGGGCUUUGCCAUCCCACACUCCAUCAUGCGCGUGGACAUUGCUGGAAGAGACGUCUCUCGGUACCUCCGCCUGCUGCUGCGCAAGGAAGGCUACAACUUCAACACCUCUGCAGAGUUUGAGGUCGUCCGCACCAUCAAAGAGAGAGCCUGUUAUCUGUCUCUCAACCCCCAAAAGGACGAGACUUUAGAAACAGAGAAGGCUCAGUAUGUUCUCCCUGAUGGAAGCACUUUAAAUAUCGGGCCGGCCAGGUUCCGCGCUCCAGAGCUGCUCUUCAGACCCGACCUGAUCGGGGACGAGAGCUCGGGGAUCCACGAGGUCCUGGCCUACGCUAUCCAGAAGUCUGACAUGGACCUCCGACGCACACUAUUCUCCACCAUAGUAUUGUGUGGGGGGUCGACAUUGAUCAAAGGUUUUGGGGAGAGACUACUAACUGAAGUCAAGAAGCUUGCACCCAAAGACGUGAAGAUCAAGAUCUCUGCUCCCCAGGAGAGGCUCUACUCCACAUGGAUUGGUGGCUCCAUCCUGGCAUCACUGGACACCUUCAAAAAGAUGUGGGUGUCGAAGCGGGAAUAUGAAGAAGACAGAGCACGUGCCAUCCACAGGAAGACGUUCUAGUCGGGGCCGGUGCCCUGCGAAUGCCCCCAGAACUGCCCUCAAACCUCCCCCCAUCAUACUGUCGGAGACUCUCAUACUCCUGCACCUGUCGUCUUCUAAACCACUGUCAGCCUACUGCUUUACCCCCCCCACCCCCCCACUCAGAGAAACACACACGUUUAUGUGUGGUCGUUUCCGUAUUUACCUCCUUUUUCAUUCGCCUCCUCCUCUCCCCGUUCUUCCUGCUGUUGGGUGCCGUGACAGCACCCGUCACCACACCCCAAACAUUCACAUACAGAGGGGCGUCAGGGUAUCUCAGAGGGCAACAAUUAGCACUGUGGACUCUUACUGCAGGCCAUGCUACUCUAUUAUUUAGUCCACAUUGAAGUAUUGUUAUUGCUCUCUUGCCUACAAAGCCCUGCAAGGUGUAGAAUAUAAUGAAAUGUCAAUAAACGUGAAUGUUUUCCUUUUUUUUUUUUUUUUUUUUUUUGCUACUGUUGAAAUUUUCAUUCCAAACCGAAGAUUUAGAUUUUUAUUUGAUGUCCAUUUUGUAGGUUUUUUUUGACUCGAUUAGCUCGUACAGAUAAAAGGUUUGAAGUGCUACAGCAGCGUAUAGUGCUAGUGAGGUAAAGAUAACCACUGUAUUAUAUAUCUGGCCUAAACUGCACAGUUAUUAUCUUAAAAGUUAAAGCGGUUAAUUUAUCAUCCACCUGACCUGAAGUCACCUCUUAUUCUUCUUCUUAUCUGCUCUGUCGUUACCAAUGAAACGUUUCUACAUAAACAUGACGUCACGUGUUUGUGUCAAAGAAAAUGUGGUCGUUUUUUUGUUUUCUUUGUUUCAGCUGACGGGAUUAAAACGAAGGGUAGGAAAUGACUUGAUUUUUUUUUCAUUUGGUUCCAUGUUUACAGCAGUUGAGAUGCACACUUAAAGGAGAAAUCCAGUAUUUUUCAACUUGGGCUUUAUUCUGGUAGUUUUGUGGCCACUCUGACUCUGAGUCCUGCUGCUUUUGUUCUCAGCAUGAAAGAAAGUCGAGUGAGUCUCUGAAAGUUUUCCACAUGAACUUUGGUUCAUUCAAACACUCGUCAGAAAGAAAAGAGAAGUAGCCUCCUGGAUUAGUUGCCUUAUUUUCAUUCGAUCGACUAAUGUUCAGACUCAGACACCUGUGUUUAGAAAGCUUUAGGAGGCUCGUGCUGUUUGCAGGUGUUAGCAUGAGCCAGAGUCAGAGUAGAGUCUGAGAAUAAGACCCAGGUUGAAAAACACUGGAUUCAGUUCCUUUAAAUGUUUUUGAGUGUAACACAUAUUCAGCUGAUGUGAUUAAAAAAAAAACCCUAGCUGUCCGAUCUCCCCCCUCUCGUCUCUCUGAAGCUCUUUGCUUUAUAAACUCUGCAUGUCAGUUAAUCGUGUACAGUUAAAAAUCUCCACCAUCAGCCACAGAGACGAGGCCGGGCUCUGGAGUCUGGAUGGAAAAACACUGAGAGGCCACAGAAAGCCAACAUGGCUGAUGAUUCGUUUUUGUAUUAUUCUUCUCCCUCCUCCCUCCUCCCCCUUCCCUCUCUGUGUACUAGUAAAAGUCUGGGUCUUAUGAUUUCCCUGCAUCUCAGUGGCAGUGAAGGGGUCAUGUCCUCACCUGUGUCCGCCUUACUCCGCCUGCGUCAGCGCCGGAGCGUCCAUGUCGUCUGCUUUUGGGUGUUUUUAAAAAAAAAACGUUGAAAAAAAAUUCUAAGGUUGUAAACUCAUCAGCCUUGUGUACAGUGGAAUGCUUUUCAAAAACAACAACCACCACAAAAACCAUAGGAUAACAGACUAAAAAUGUACAAAACUGUUUAUCAAGUGUUUGCUUUUACUUUUCGUAAAUUCAAUAUAAUAAAUAAGUUAAUGGCU